AUGUUGGUGAUAAUUACUUCAAGAACUCGAUAUUUUCUCAGGUGGUACUUGAUAUGAAAAGGUUUAAGAACCACUGUAUUAAGUCAUUAAAUGACCAUGAUGUGUCAUCAGAUAUUAAGGAAACAUUGAAGUGAAAUACUGGCUUCACUGGUAACAGCCAGUUUUAUGAUUCACUUAAGUGUUUUUUGGUCUGUUGCGCCACCCACUGCCACUCACCCUAUUUGCCAGCAGUUACUCAUACACAGCAGCUAUGGCUUGUAAAUGCCGAAUGUUACCAAACCUAAAAAAGCCUUAAAAUACCUCUCAAUGGAGAGGAAACUGAAAACGGAUACACCUGUGUGGAUAAUUUUAUCUUGGACAGCCGAGGCUAACGCGUGAAACUUUGUUGGUGGAUAUUAAACAUACAUAUUUGCUGGUGUACAUAUUUUACAUGCAUCCCCCCUUUAUUCUUGACUGCUGCAAAAUGUAUAGGGAUUUUCAUCGUCUUUGUGUGAUUUUUCCUUUAUUGUGUUAUUUGUCUAAAGUUAGUUUUAACUCAUACUGUAGGUGUCUGAAUCGAUGAUGUUCAGGUAAAGGUUAAUGUAUCUGUUGCCACAAUAUUAACUGUUACCCUGACAACACAGUAAAAUGGUGACUCACUCAUACACAGAUUUUUUUUUUUUUUUUUUCACUUUCUGACCAAUUAAAGUAGUGUCACCCAAGUCUGUGCAACCAGAGACUUGGUUGCUUUAUAGAAACAGUUUCUCCAUAUUUUAGUUUCCACGGCGAUGUGAUGAAAAUGACACAUUCUUGAACACUCCUUUUAACACAAUGACAUCUCACAUGUUCAUAUCACAGAUAAAGUACAUUAUCCUCUAUUAUCGUAUGAGUUAACAACCCAUCUGUGUCUGCACGGACGGCUUCCAACUCGUAAAAAAAUAUUGCUUUUCUUGCGAGCUGAGAGUCAUUUUGUUCACACGCCGAAAUCCCCAAAAUUGAUUACAGCUUGCCAGACGUGAUGAGUGCAUGUGGGCAGUGUUUCUCUCACAAUAAUCCCGCUGCACUCGGAGGAAAGAACAAUAGCGUUUUGGUAAUUAGAAAUGAUUGAACUUUACAAUGUCCUUCAAUAUCGCACUAAUUGUACACUUUAUGUCAAUGUUGAACAAAAGGUAUACGAUUUAAUGCCAGGGAUCAAAUCUUAACUUGAUUAAUAAUUUAGCAAAUAUAUUCUUGCUGUUAGAUGAAGAUUGACACUGUUAUCAGUAAGGACCACCAACUGUCAUGCUUCGCUUUUGUCUCACCUGGGCAUGCAAUCAGUUCACCUGUGGGCGGGAGCACACCUGCUCCCAAUCUAAUCAUCAAGCAUCUACUUAUUUCCUGGUUCUCCAGCCUCUCGUUGGAAGAUUGUUACAGACCUUUCUGUGGAAACCAUCUCGGCUCUCUAGAAGAUAUAUCUUAGUUCUCGUUAUGUGCUUAUAAUCUGCUAUUUGUUAACUAACUCCUGUGCUCAGAACUUCUUCCCACGUGCAUGCUGCCAUUGACGCCUUCAUCUCCCGUUCCUGCUUUGUUCAUCCCUUCAUCCAUUAACCCAUUCUUCAGUAAACUGUUAAACUGCGUACUGGCUUCGCCUGCCUGCUCUUGGGUCCAGCACCACCUCGCCUUAACACCAACUUCUGGUCUCAACUCCAGGCAACAGUGAAACACGGUGGAGGUUCCUUGUUGCAUUUCUGGAAAAGGAGUUGGGCAUUUGGUCGGAGUCCUUUUAAGCUGAGACAGAUACAAGCAGAUCCCAAACAUGGAGACAAGGCCAUUAGGAACUAUCUUCAGCGUAAAGAAAAACAAGGACUCCUGAAAGUGAUGCAGCUACAAACUAAUAGUUAAAGAUGACUGACGAAUCAAUCCCUCAUGUGUCUGUGGAGACAUCCCCCUGUGUGGGCAACUGCUCUGCAAUCUGCAUGGGGAAUAUACGAUCAGGCGUCUGAAGAAUUUAUACAGUGAGGUGUCAAAGCACAGAUGACCUGCAGGUUUCCAUGGAGAUGGCACGUGUUGCACAGUGGAUGACUUCUGCCUUAGAGGAUGCUUCAACAACACUCAAUCAACUCUGGAAUAAACCGAAACAUCCACGGCUCCUUAACUGCGUCAGCGGCAGGAUCCAGACUGCCAUAUUCCACCUCCAUGUUUCUACAACAGCCUGAAUGGACAAACCAGUAAUUGUGAAGUGGAAACUCACAACAACAUAAACCCGAAGGAAACAUCAGAGCGAGGAGAAGUCAGACAAUGAGCUGCAGGAAGUCGGCGUGGGCUUCGCUUCAUCACAGUCUUUGGGAGCGUUAAGUGCAGCUCUGCUGCCCCGGAGGACGGAGCUGUCAGAAUUUAUAACGUCUGCAUGGGAAGGCGGUUGUGGGGUGGCUCUGACAGUGGAACAGUGGUGAUCUGAGUCGACAUGGCUACAUCACCUUAAUUUCUCCAAGUCCGAUGCUCCAGCGGGACUCAGCGGUCAUGGCCGGCAGUCUGACCCAGCACGGCUCCCCCAAUCCGGGCUACAGCUCCAACAACGCUCUACCGGUGCACGUCCUCACGCAGACUGAGUCCAGGGACAAAUGGACCAAAAAGAUGGAUUUUCUCUUGUCUGUUGUUGGUUUUGCAGUGGAUCUGGGGAACGUUUGGAGAUUUCCGUACAUAUGUUACCAAAACGGCGGCGGUGCUUUCCUUAUUCCGUACAUUCUGAUGGCCAUCUUUGGUGGCGUGCCGCUCUUCUACAUGGAGCUGGCUCUGGGGCAGUUCCACAGAACUGGAGCCAUUUCUAUAUGGAAGCACAUCUGUCCUAUUUUCAAAGGUAUAGGAUAUGCCAUUUGUAUCAUCGCUCUGUAUGUGUCUUUCUACUACAACACCAUCAUCGCCUGGGCGCUCUUCUACUUCUACUCCUCUUUCUCCAGCAUCUUGCCCUGGACCAACUGCGAUAAUGUGUGGAACACCCCGGACUGUACCAACUAUUUUGGUAUGGACAACGUCACCUGGACAAAUUCCUCCAGGUCUCCGGCAGAGGAGUUUUACACGAGGAAUGUUCUUGAGAUCCACAAGUCAUCAGGGCUGAGAGAUGUUGGCGGUGUCCGCUGGCAGCUGAUGCUCUGCCUUUUUCUCAUCUUCACUAUCGUGUACUUCAGCCUGUGGAAGGGAGUGAAGACAUCAGGGAAGGUGGUGUGGGUGACUGCGACCUUACCCUACAUUGUGCUUUUCAUCCUCCUGAUCCGUGGUGCCACUCUGCCAGGAGCCUGGAGAGGCGUGGUCUUCUACCUGAAACCACAAUGGGACAAACUGCUGGACACCAGAGUGUGGGUCGAUGCUGCUGCUCAGAUAUUCUUCUCUCUGGGUCCGGGCUUCGGAGUCCUCCUGGCUCUGUCCAGCUACAACCCUUUCACAAAUAACUGCUAUCGUGACGCCAUCGUGACAAGUUUGGUGAACUGUCUGACGAGCUUCAUGUCAGGGUUCGUCAUCUUCACAGUGCUCGGCUACAUGGCAGAGAUGAGGCAGGUGGAGGUUGAGGACGUAGCUAAGGAUAAAGGACCAAGUUUACUGUUCAUCACUUACCCAGAAGCCAUCGCGAACAUGAUGGGCUCCACCUUCUUUGCAAUCAUCUUCUUCGUCAUGAUGAUCACACUGGGACUGGACAGCACUUUUGGUGGUCUGGAGGCGAUCAUCACCGCUGUGUUGGAUGAAUAUCCCGACCAGUUAUCGCAGAGACGUGAACUCUUUGUGCUGGGCUUGGUAGUUGUCUGCUUUCUGGGCUCUCUGGGCACCCUUACACAUGGUGGUGCGUACGUGGUGCAGCUUCUGGAGGAGUUUGGAGUUGGAUGCUCUAUCAUCGCUGUGGGUUUUCUCGAGGCCAUUGCGGUUUCAUGGUUCUACGGCAUCAAACGAUUUAGCAGUGACGUUCAGGCCAUGUUGGGAAAAGCUCCAGGUUUAUACUGGAGGGUGUGCUGGGUCGCCAUCAGUCCAGCAUUCCUGGCGUACAUCAUAGUGAGCUCCCUGAUGAAGGCGCAGCCCCUCACACUGUUUGAUUACAAGUACCCAGACUGGAGCAUGAUAGUGGGAUACAUCGUUGGUUUGUCGUCCUUCAUGUGGAUCCCCAUCUACAUGGUCUACAAGCUGGUGUGGACUCCUGGAUCACUCAAGCAGAGGUUGGCAGUGUGUCUGAGACCCGAGCGGACCAUACCAGAAAUCCACACUGACAGCUUCAACAUGGUCACCGUGCCAUAGAAAGAGAGAAAAAAACACACUUACUUGUAGAUACUGGAGUGUGGUCUGACGUCAUGACUGUUUGUACCUGUCAAUCAUGUCCACUUUCACAGCACAUUCAAACUCUCUGUAAAUGCUGCUAAAUUUAUAACAACUGGUAAGGGCAGCUGAGAAAGUUUGGUCGACCUGUAGGAUUCAGAUUUAUUGAUGGUAGUUUCUCGCUAAUAACCACGUGUUGCCAGAUUUCCAGUUUUGCAUUCUCAUGGUUGUCAGAGUCACAUUUGUAGACAAUGAAGUCAAUGUUCCGUCUCUUCCCUUAAUCGACUGUAUGUAUCUGACACAAACACGAUGCCAAGGACAAAUAAAACAACAUGUAUUUCUGUAUGUAAAACGAUGUUCAGCACCUCAUUUCUAUUGCAUUGGACCGUUGUUUGUAUCAAUUCUAUUAUUUUCUGUACAUUGUGAAAUGUACUGGUUAAAUCAAGUCUUUUGCAUGAAAUGACAUUAAUUAAAGUGCUUGUAAAGCGAUUCAAAAAA